AUGGCCCAACGAGAAAUCAUUGUCCAUGUUCAACAAAUGAAGGAGAAGCAUGAAGCUGUAUUGGCAACCUCGAGCACUCCCUCCUCUCCUACGCCUGAAGCUCGCCCUACCACUCUAUCGCCAAUUCAACACCUUCCAGUCGAGAUUUUUCGCGAAAUCGCCCUCUAUGCGCUUCACCCUCGACCGCGUGGCCGCGUGCAGGAAUGCCCUUUAUCCUUGUGCCAGACGUGCUCGACCUGGAGAACUGUCGCAUUGUCACUGCCGGAGCUAUGGGAAACAUUGGUCUUGCUGGUGAAGCGCCCAAGAACUCACCGCGAACAGUAUAGGACACGCGUCCUCGAAUGGUUUGGACGUGCCCAAAGCCGUCCGCUGACCUUCUUCCUCUUCUCGGAGUCUCAGCAGUUUUCCGGCGACCGUCCGUUUUACGCGGACCUCCUGCAGGACAUCGCAGCUCCGAUGGCGCAGCUUGACAAUCUCGAAGUCCUGGAGAUCAGCAAUCCUGGAGACUAUGGCUUUAACGAAGAUUCGGAAAACGAAGAUGUGGCUAUUAUGUCCACUUCGAUUUUCCAACAAGCUCCGAAGCUUCGCUCCGUGGCGAGCAGCAAUGUAUUCCGCACUGUCAUCGGCGCGAUGGAUGUUCUCCCAUGGUCGCGAUUGACUGAUCUUCAUGUCACCGAAUCCCUCCCGAUCUUUACUUGGAUCGAAAUCAUGAAGCUUUCUCCCCUCUUGGAGGUUCUUCAUUUACGACCGCACCCGGAGAGGCAUAGACGCCGCUUCCCCCUGCCAGUUCAUGAAAAUCUCAGAGAGUUCACCGUUGACCUCAUCUAUGAUGAAUAUUCCAUCGUCGACAUCAUCAACGAGUUCGAAUACCCCAACCUCCGCACCCUUCGCCUCGAACACGACGGUUGCCGCGCUGGCCCUUACCCUCUACCACCCACCGCCUUCCACUCCUUCCGCCAUCUCCAUUCCUUAACUCUAAAUUAUGGUUACCGCGAAAAUCCCUCGUAUAUAAUUGAAAUUCUGCGCGAGACGCCUAAGCUACGCGUUCUCGAGCUGUACGACGUCGAAGCAUACAUGGACACGGUCUUCGAAAGCAUGACCCUGUCUGCUUCGUCCCUUGUUCCACAACUUUCCACCCUCCGUCUCGAAGCUCACAACGACCGCAAAGCAUUCGACCCAGACACCCUGGCCAGCAUGAUCGAAUCGAGGUGCUUCAACCUGCCUGCAGGUUUCACGCCUUUGGAGGAGGUUCUCGUUUACUCCUACCACAAGUGGAAAGAGGGUGAAGACACAAUCAUGGUCAGACUAAGCAGGCAAAUGGAAUCAUGCCAAGUUGCCGGAUUGUCGUUCAAGGUCUUCAAUGGUAAUGGGACAAAUGGAAUCCCGGACUCCUUUCUCUGGACUCAGCAAUCAACGCAUACCUUUUUUGAGGGUUCUAAUCAUUAUCGCUAUGAGAGAUGGUAG